UUAUUGUUGUGCUCUCUCUUUUUUUUCCUUUUUUUUUUUUUCUUCUUAACCCCGUGAACGUUUUUUUGGUCGGGGCUUCCGAAUAUGUUUUAUGACGGUUGAUUUUACACCAGGAGGUUUGUCUCCGAGGAAGACCCAGGGAACUGGAUAUCUAGCGAGAACUUCCUACGGAUUCCUCGGAGCCUCGGGAAAAUGGGAGCUGCUGCAAAGUUGGCGUUUGCCGUCUUUCUUAUCUCUUGCUCUUCAGGUGCUAUACUUGGUAGAUCAGAAACUCAGGAGUGUAUUUUCUAUAAUGCUAAUUGGGAAAGAGAUAGAACCAAUCGAACUGGUGUUGAACCCUGUUAUGGUGACAAAGAUAAAAGGCGACAUUGUUUUGCUACCUGGAAGAAUAUUUCUGGUUCUAUUGAAAUAGUGAAGCAAGGUUGUUGGCUGGAUGAUAUCAACUGUUAUGACAGGACUGAUUGCAUAGAAAAAAAGGACAGCCCUGAAGUGUAUUUUUGUUGCUGUGAGGGCAAUAUGUGUAAUGAAAGGUUUUCUUACUUUCCAGAGAUGGAAGUCACACAGCCUACUUCGAACCCAGUUACUCCUAAGCCGCCCUAUUACAACAUACUGCUCUAUUCCUUGGUGCCGCUUAUGUUAAUUGCGGGGAUUGUUAUUUGUGCAUUUUGGGUGUACAGGCACCAUAAGAUGGCCUACCCUCCUGUACUUGUUCCAACUCAACACGCCUUUCAUAUAAUGAUAGAGGACCCAGGACCACCCCCACCUUCUCCAUUACUAGGUUUGAAGCCACUACAGUUAUUAGAAGUGAAAGCAAGGGGAAGAUUUGGUUGUGUUUGGAAAGCCCAGUUGCUCAAUGAAUAUGUAGCUGUGAAAAUAUUUCCAAUACAGGACAAACAGUCAUGGCAAAAUGAAUAUGAAGUUUAUAGUUUACCUGGAAUGAAACAUGAGAACAUACUACAGUUCAUUGGUGCAGAAAAACGAGGCACUAGUGUUGAUGUGGACCUUUGGCUAAUCACAGCAUUUCAUGAAAAGGGUUCACUGUCAGACUUUCUUAAGGCUAAUGUCGUCUCUUGGAACGAAUUGUGUCAUAUUGCAGAAACCAUGGCAAGAGGAUUGGCAUACUUACACGAGGAUAUACCUGGCCUAAAAGAUGGCCACAAACCUGCCAUAUCUCACAGGGACAUCAAAAGUAAAAAUGUGCUGUUGAAAAACAACCUGACAGCUUGCAUUGCAGACUUUGGGUUGGCGUUAAAAUUUGAGGCUGGCAAGUCUGCUGGUGAUACCCAUGGCCAGGUUGGUACCCGGAGGUAUAUGGCUCCAGAGGUAUUAGAGGGUGCUAUAAACUUCCAAAGGGAUGCAUUUUUGAGGAUAGAUAUGUACGCCAUGGGAUUAGUCUUAUGGGAACUGGCUUCUCGCUGUACUGCUGCAGAUGGACCUGUAGAUGAAUACAUGUUGCCAUUUGAGGAGGAAAUUGGCCAGCACCCAUCUCUUGAAGAUAUGCAGGAAGUUGUUGUACAUAAAAAAAAGAGGCCUGUUUUAAGAGAUUAUUGGCAGAAACAUGCUGGGAUGGCAAUGCUCUGUGAAACGAUAGAAGAAUGUUGGGAUCACGAUGCAGAAGCCAGGUUAUCAGCUGGAUGUGUAGGUGAAAGAAUUACUCAGAUGCAAAGACUAACAAAUAUCAUUACUACAGAGGACAUUGUAACAGUGGUCACAAUGGUGACAAAUGUUGACUUUCCUCCCAAAGAAUCUAGUCUAUGAUGGUUGCACCAUGUGUAGACACUGAGAAACGGGACUCUGAACUGGAGCUGCUAAGCUAACGAAACUGCUUACAGUUUAUUUUCUGUGAGAAAUGCGUAGGACGUCUCCUGGACACGUCAAGAAGACCCUCAUUUGAAAAUGUGGCUCUGGGAGAUGCACAGCGUUGCCUGCGGCAGAGACGGGAAGGACACGAGACUAAGAAAAGUUGCAGACUCUAUAAAGAAACUUUUGAAAAAGUGUACAUGAAGAACGUGGCCCUCUCCAAAUCAAGGAUCUUUUGGACCUGGCUAAUCAAGUGUUUGAAAACUGACAUCAGAUUUCUUAAUGUCUGUCAGAAGACACUAAUUCCUUAAAUGAACUACUGCUAUUUUUUUUUAAAUCAAAAACUUUUCAUUUCAGAUUUUAAAAAGGGUAACUUGUUUUUAUUGCAUUUGCUGUUGUGUUUCUAUAAAUGAUUAUUGUAAUGCCAAUAUGACACAGCUUGUGAAUGUUUAGUGUGCUGCUGUUCUGUGUACAUAAACAAAGUCAUCAAAGUGGGGUACAGUAAAGAGGCUUCCAAGCAUUACUUUAACCUCCCUCAACAAGGUAUACCUCAGUUCCACGGUUGCUAAAUUAUAAAAAUUGAAAACACUAACAAAAUUUGAAUAAAUUGAUCCAUGUUUUGUAACAA